CCGAGAAAUCACAGAGUUCAUACGGAUCGGUGAGCAACAACAAGAAGAGAAGAUGGCCGGUGCAGCUAAGGCGUCGUGGAUGGUGGCGAUGAGCGUCGGCGCCGUGGAGGCGCUCAAGGACCAGGCCGGCCUCUGCCGCUGGAACUACGCGCUCAGGUCCAUCCACCGGGCCGCCAAGGCCAAGGCCAGCGUCGGCGGCGCCGUCUCGCAGGGCAAGAAGCAGCUUCCUGCAUCCGCGGCGGCGGUGGCGGGGAGACGGCGAGCGGAGAAAGCAGAAGAGGAGCUGAGGACGGUGAUGUACCUCAGCUGCUGGGGACCCAAUUAG